AUGACGCUAGAUUCGACUGAUUUAGCUCUUUACACCUCCCUAGGAAUGCUCAAUAUUUUGUUUUCAUCACUAGUAGCGUUGACAUUUUUGAGUUCGAGAGAAUUACGACAACAUCCAUCUGGAUUGAUAUUUUCCCUUAGCAUUUGUGAAUUAAUUAUGUCAUAUCACAGCAUUAUUUUUGUUUGAGAUGAUAUGUCUUUUAUUCAAAGAUUUAGACUGGAGCCAUCAAUACUCAUCAUCUCAGGCUAUAGUAUAGAUCAAGAUUACGCAAAGAAGGUUCUAUGUGGAAUGAAUCAAGUUUUACUCACAAUCGGAAUAGUAGCUUGCUUAUGCUAUAAUAUUGCUAUAUGCUUAGAUUUAGUUGUUACUCUAUAUAACCCUUUUAUAUCAGGGCACAAAAGGAAAAAGUUUUAUCACUCAGUUACUUUUUUAAUUGUUUUUUAUUACACGGUUUAUGUCAACACAGAAAAUAAAUUCUUAUCUCAAUGCACAGCAAAGCCUCGAUUUCGUUUAGAAAUUGCAAACUCAGGAGCAAUUGGAAUUUUAUUGAUUGUGUUUUUUACUAUAGGUGUAUUUUCAGCUAUUUACGCUGCCUGAAGAUUUGCAAGAGGGCUCAGAAUUGUCACAGAGCACAACACACAGUAUCUGAUAAGGCAUAUUUUAUAUGUAGUUGGUUUUGUUGUUUUAUGGGUAUGACCAACUAUCAGCUAUGUCAUGAAAAUAUAUGACAGACAAAGCGAAACUAUAGACACAAUCGCAAUCGCUACUUAUUGUUCAUCAGGCUUUUUUCUAGGCAUGAUCCGUACCUCAGACCCGAUUUUUUGAAAAAAAGCUAAAGAAUGCUCAUUUUUUCGUACCCAAGAAAUAGAAUCCGCAACCUCAGACGACGCCUGAAACCUUCCUAUCUCUGUAAUAGUAUUCGGGAAAUUAAACGUAGAACUAGCUCAUUGUAUUAUUGCAAGUCUCCAUGGGGUAUUUUUAACCAAAAAAAUUAAUUCAAACAGCUAUCAGUCUUUUGAUGCGAAAAAUUUUACAGAAAUAAAAAUUCACAGACUAAACCAUUAUGUAAGGGAGUCUGCAAAUAUAUGAGGAAUUACUGAUUCGAAGUUUCCACAUGUAGAAGUAGAAGAAGUAGCUCCAGCUAUUUUUGAGGAUAUAAGAAAUAUGUGUGGAAUGGAAUUGCAUGACUUAUUAUAUUUUAUAUAUAUGAAUUUUCAUUUUAAUAUAAAAAAUAAUUUUUUGAUAAUAUUUAUAUAUUAUAGAUAUAAGUUCUUUAGAACCUUCAGAAAAUAAAGAAAGCAUGUUUAAAAUUGAUGAAAGUGCAGGAAAGUCAGGCAGUUUUUUCUUAUUUACUAGUGAUAAUAGAAUCGCUAUAAAAACUAUCAAAAGCAGAGAAAGAAAAGUAAUGAAAAAAAUUUUAAAAAAUUAUCACACCCAUUUAAUGAAAUAUCAAGAUUCUAUGUUAUGCAGGAUUUUAGGUUUAUUUACUUUAAGAGUACCAGGUGUUUCUACUUUAGAAAUAAUUCUGAUGGAAAAUAUCCUUUAUAAAGUCAACCCUUCAAGGGUUUUCGACAUAAAGGGCUCAACUGUAGGAAGAACUGCUUAUAAAAAUGGUAGAGUAAGCGGGCCAUAUAAAGAUUUGGAUUUUAUUAAAAUGAGCCAAAGUUUAGAUUUAUCACAAGAUGAUAAAGAUAGAAUGAAAGCAGCAAUAUUAGUUGAUGUAAAUUUUUUAUAUCUUCAUAAACUGAUGGACUAUUCUUUAUUGCUUUCUAUUAGUAAAUACACUGAAGGAAAGUCAUAUAAGCAUUUACACUUAGCUAGAUUAUAGAAAAGCUCCCUGUUGGAAUCCUAAGAUUCACCCUAUUAUAACGCUUCACUUGCCUGUUUUACCGACAAUCGUUUCACGACCUUCAAAGUCUUGCUCUACCAGACAUGGGCCUGUGCAUGCUCCAUGGUAGUUGGAAAGUUUGGCUCACCGUGCCAUAUGCCAACGGAGUUUGACUUCGAGAAAUUAGAAAACAAAUUUUCUUGCAACCUGUCGCAAGGUGAAAAUUCGUAGUCCAGACGUAACGCCAGUAUCGCACUGGGAACGUCGAUUGGCCAGGAGGAACCCUCCUGCUAAUGCUGGGACACCCCUUUCCAACUCCGAACUCCGAGAUACUUUGACCUGGAUGUGAGGCUAUGAUCUGCCAACUCGGAUAUUGACUCACCAAAGCAGGUAAAACCUGAUCGGAUACACAAACCGAACGCAAAAACUCCCUUCCACAAGAUCCUGAGUCUCCCCAGCUGCAGGUGCUAGGAGGUUGGGCUAGUUUGCCACGCCAUUUUUAUGUAUAUGGAAAGUCAUAUAAGCAAUACUCAUCUAUCGACCUAAAAUACACCUAUACCAUGGGUAUCAUUGACUUUUUAACUGUUUAUAGCUAUUGGAAAUCUAUGGAGCACACUUUUAAUCAUAUAGCACUUGGACAUAAGGUAAAGCAUGUGUCAGUGGCGAACCCUAAAAACUAUGCGAAUAGGUUUGUUAAUUUUAUUUUCAGCAUUAUUGUCCCUAUAAUGAGAAGACAUUCUUCGUUUAGUAUAGAUUGGAAUUAUGUAAGCACGCUUUAA